GGCCGAAGUCCACUGCGACUCAGCAGCAGUUCGUACAGUUGACAAACCUGUUUCUUCCUGUCUUUCCUCAAACUCACAGUUUGAUCCUGAAUGAAUGAAAGAAUCCGUUAUAUUAGCGGCUAAUUGACAUGGAAUGGUUAAUGUGCUGGUGUUGAAAUGAACAAGCAAUGCUCAUUGUCAGUGUAUUCUGUCCUGUGGUUCAACAUGGCUCUUGUUUUCAUGUACGGCACGCUGAAGAAAGGCCAGCCCAACUACUUCAGGAUUGAGGACGCUGCCAACGGUCAGGCAGAGUUCCUCGCUCGUGCUCGAACUGUAGAGAAAUACCCGCUCGUGAUUGGCUCCGAAUACAACAUCCCCUUCCUGCUCAACGUUCCCGGGACGGGUCAGCGCGUUUACGGUGAGAUCUACCGCGUGGACCAGAAGAUGCAGAAGUUUCUGGACAAGUUUGAAGGCUGUCCUGAGUGGUACAAGCGCAUCAAGGUCAAGCUAGAGGUGCUUGUCGUGGACGGUGAAGGAGAAAGCACAUUGAAGCCUGGAAGCAUCGAGGAGAUUGAUGUGUACGUCAAGACUACACAUGAGCAGGAUUGGCUUCAGAAACCAACAUAUGAGAAUUAUGAUACAAACGGUGAUCACGGACUGAAAUAUAAAGAACCUGUAUAAAUAAGGUAGUGUUUAUUUUAGUUGGCGAAGAUUCAAACAGUUUUCUAUCUGCUGUAUGCAACAAUUAAAAUACACUAAAUUUCGAUUUAUUAUUCCAUUUAAUUUUACAAUAGUAUUCAAUAAAUUUUAUAUUUGAAGUGCUGACUUUCCUAUAGCACUAAAAUGAUUUUUUUUAUUUUUGACAUGUCAUUUAUGUGUGAUUUACAUUUACACUCCAGUAUUUGAUCAUUUGCUCAGCAAGUGUUAAUUUUUGACCCAGAUUUUAAUGUGGUAUCAUAUUAAAGUUGUUAAAAUGAUAAAAUGUAACCAAAUCAAAGGACAAAUUUACAGGGAAAUGUACUACUGUAAAAGAUUCUACUGUAAGAGGAACUGGGAACAAUCUAUUAUAAUAUAUACAAGAUUAUGAACUCUUAAUCUUGAAUAAAUGUAGUGCAAAACACUCCAGUACUGUAUAUCAGAUGUAUUUGUAUAUAUGCUGUAGAAGUGUUUAUUAUUAUGCGUUUUCUAAAUGACACUUUACAAUAAAACAUUAAUUCAAAAUUCA